AUAUAGUCUAAUAUUCAUUAUAUAUUUAAAUUAAUAGUAAUAAUAAUAUUUUGUUUCUAUAUCGAUACCGAGUGGGCCUGGAACAAAGCUCGAGGAACGCCUACUGUACUUUGCAAACUGAACAGCCGACAAACACAACGAACRAGAACAUCCGUAAAAUGAGGUCUGUUAAACUCCUAUUUAUUAUUUCUUCGUUUGCUUUAUACCUUAAUCUCUCUGUGGGCAAAGAAGCCAAGAAUCUUCCCAAAGGACACGGAGCUGAAUUAGGGAAACACAGAGAAUCCGACGGCCAUGUAGACGUCCUAACAACGAUCCCUUCACCUCAAGAUUUUUGGGAUAAGUACGCGAGUAUUCAAAAGCCUGUAGUUUUUCAGGGUGCUGCUAAAAACUUUCCAGCGCAGUCAUUAUGGACAGACAGCUAUUUAAAGAAAAACUACGGAGAUUUAGAAGUUAAGUUAGAAGCAAAGAAAGAGAAAGACCAUGUUCCUGUUGGCGAUCGAGGAGUUGGUCGAGACACUAUUAAGAGUUUCCUAAAUUCGUAUGUUCAGAAGGAUUCAUACAUGGUCACUCAAUUACCGGAUCCUUUGGCUAAAGAAGUUCGUAUCUUGCCUUGUUUAAUGUGUGGGACUUUUUCUGAAAGGAUUCUUGAAGCGAAUYUAUGGUUAAGUUCUGGUGGGACUAAAAGUAUGCUUCACAAAGAUGCGGAUAAUGCUAUAAAUUGUCUUUUGAAUGGGACGAAAAAUUGGAUUCUCAUCCAUCCAGAGAACGAGGAAAAUAUACCAGUUGCUGAAGGUGACAAAGGAUAUGGAGGAUUUGCUGUCCUCGACGUGGAUCAAGUUAAUUUAUUGAAAUACCCAAACUUCACCAAGGUGCACUGGCAAUAUGCUAAUAUGACUGCUGGGGACUGCCUCUACCUGCCUUAUAGUUACUGGCAUCAGGUCAGGUCAUAUGGCUCCAAGAACAUGGCCGUUUCUGUUCUGUUUUCAAGACUUACAAAGUUUAACAGUACAGGAUGUAAAACAGCUAAGCUAGAAUAUACACCUUUAAGUGAUAUCAAUAUGGUGUGGACCUACCCUGGCCAUGGACCACAAACUAUGGGGAAUCUAGACCCAUUUGAAGUGAAAGAUAGUUAUUUGGCUGCUUUGAAUGAAAAGAAUGAUGGUCGCAUUACUGUUGAUGAUUUGUUUGAACAGUAUUCUGAGGCAAAACUUUAUGAAGAUCACCCAGUAAUAAGAAAGGAGAUUGCACAAAAGGUCCUAAAUAUAUUAGACCCAGACAACAAAGGGUUUGUCACUAAAGAUGAUGUUGAAGCUUUGACUGUUGAAAAACUGAAGGCAGUUGCUAAUGUUGUAGACCCUGAUGCUGCCAACACAGAGGAGUACGAACAUGUUAUUUUUGGAGCAGAUGAAGUUAGGAACGCGUUUGAAGAAGGAUUGGAAGAGGGAGAUGGUGUCCUUACCUUGCAGAAACUCAUAGUUAAAUACCAGAGCUUGGGAGGAUCUGAGAAAGUUGCGCGGGAGUUAUUUGCUAUGCUCAAGCCCAAAAACGAAGAGUAUGCUACGACUGAAGAGGUUAAGAAAAACCUUUCUGAUGUACUUGAACUGUACAAGAAAAUAAGAGAUGACGAUAAAUCAGGUGUUUUCUACGAGCAGCAUUACAGAGAAGAUAAAGAAAUAAUGACAGAAACAUUAAAGGAGAAUGAAAACAUUGAGUCAAAGGAACCACGUGAAGAAUUGUGAAAUAAAAAAGUGUAUAUUAAAUAAUUCCAAAUAUCCUAACACGCACAAAACACAAUAGAGAGUUUUAGAUUUACGUUAACGGCAAACGUGAAACGUCAGUUAACCAGUAAACGAAUUCUUUUACAUUACUGAAAAGGAAUCGCAAAAAAAUCCAAGCAGUAGGAAAAAAAGAAUACUUGUCUUUGUCGAGAGGUUUGCAGAAGGUAAAGUGAAAUACAGGGAAACGAUGAACAAGUAGUCACGUUUGCCGUUUGCGGAAACAAUAGUCAUCCUAAGACUAAUAUCCUGACACGUUCAACGUUACCAUAUGCAAAUGGCAUAUGCGCGUUAUAAAUAUUAAAUUAUUAAUGAUAAUAAUAUUAUUAGAUUUAACUAAAUUAUCAUUAUAUUAGUCCACUAUCAUCUAAAUAUGAAUGCACAUGUAUGUAAAGUAUUAUUCGUUUAAGACAGAAAAUAAAUAUGCUCAUGACUUUAA